UCUCUUAUCCUGUUUUUGCUGCAAACAUAUGACAGCCACACAUGAACAUAGACAAGAAGACUCCACAUACUCAGUCUCAGACCAGAAAAAUGUUCAUCACAGACAUCAGAUUCCUCUCCUCCAACACACUCUCUUGUCUAAAUUCCAACACUAAACCAAAUGCGAUCCCUCCUACAAUAUUUGCCAAGAAAAAGGAUUCCUACGAAACUCCAAAGAAAGAAAACAAAACCCUUUUUCCAUUGAGAUUUUUUCCCAGCACUAAACUUCUGAUUCAGUCUGCUACUGGAGUGUUUGCUCUAGGUUUCGUCGACGCAGGGUACAGUGGAGAUUGGUCAAGAAUUGGUGUGAUUUCAAGAGGGGCAGAGGAUUUGAUCAAAGCUGCAGCUUUUGUAGUAGUCCCUUUGUGCCUGUUCCUCAUAUUUUCCUUGUCUAAGGAAGAUGAGUAUUGAGAUUAUUACAUAUGUGCAGAUUCAAUUAGUUUCCUACAAAGAUUCAGUUCAAGAA